GGAUUUGUCAGUCGAGUGCGUAUGGCAAAUAUUCCUGAAGAAUGUUACAGGGAGGGUUUUGAGGACUUGGUGACUGCAGAAGCUAUUAAUCAAGUGUUGCAGCACCAACCUAUGGUUGGGGCAAUUAUAGUCCAUAGGAGUUUCCUGCAUUUCAAAGGAGGGGGAGUUUAUAUGGGACGUGUUGAAAAUGAGGCUGCUGAUGAGAAACAUCACAGAGGACAUUCUGUACUAAUAACAGGAUGGGGAAUUAAGAAUGGAGUAGAGUACUUUGAGAUUAAGAAUCAAUGGGGUGAUAAUUGGGGUGAUAAGGGGUAUGCUAAAGUUAGGAGGGAAUUGAUAUAUAGAUUAGCUUAUCCUGAAGGUAUCGUUCAAUUACCUUCUGGGGAGAAAAAGAAGGGAAAAGAUGCUCCGAGCAGUAGCGGAACCAAAAAACAGAAAGCCUGAUAGUUCGUUAUUUGGAGUACUUUUUUGUCGUAAGGAAGAGUACAAGUGUUUGUUUUUGAAUUUUAUUCUCAAUCAAAAACCUCAGAAACGAUUAUGUUUUUGUUAUUAGAAAGAGAAGAAAUGACCUGACUUUUCA